ACCAUGAACUCGCUGUGUUUUUUAAUAUUUACAGAAACAACAUUUUGAUCUAUUGACUUAAACUAUUUUACGUUUUUCUGAAAUACACGUAAUUUCUUGAUAAGAAAACGCGGUUUUACGCGGACAUGGCAACCCUCUAAUUCCGUUCCAGAGACCAACCCAUUGACAGUCGUAAAGUGCUGUGUGUUUUGAACGAGGAGGUCAUUGGAAAGUGAGAUUGCACGGUCCGUCGUGAGGGGCAACUACUGAGGGUGUCAGGAUUUCUGAUACCGGGUAGUUAUUAUUCCAUCCUGACAGCGUGAUACAUGCGCGACUGAAACAACAAUGUUGCGUUUGGUAGUACGGUUAAGACCAUCUGUUGGCCUCUCUCGGCCCAGUGUCCUCUCAGCCUCCGGUCGCCCUCGGACUACUACACCGGUGACGUGCCAUCCGAAGGGGCUCCACUCCAGUGCAUCGUUUCGAGCUCGGACUUUAUGUCAUAGUAAUCGUUUUUAUUAUGGGGUCACCAGCAAACCAUCACUGCUGCCUCAGUGGAAUCAAAGUAAAGGUUUCCGACUCAAUCCACGAUUCUACAGCUUACCUCCACAUCAGAAGGUGGAGCUGCCAGCUUUGUCCCCAACUAUGCAGACGGGCACUAUUGCCAAAUGGGAAAAAAAGGAGGGUGACAAAAUCAAUGAAGGUGACCUGAUCGCUGAGGUGGAAACAGACAAGGCCACCGUAGGGUUAGAUAUAAUGGAGGAGUGUUAUUUGGCCAAAGUCUUGGUGCCAGAGGGUACAAGGGAUGUGCCCAUCGGGGCUGUCAUCUGCAUCACUGUGGAGAGUGCUGAUCUCAUCCCUGCCUUCAAAGACUUCACCCUGGACAAGGCAUCUGCCGCAGCUCCAUCCUCAGCAGCAGCUGCACCUCCUCCCCCACCUCCUCCGUCUGCGGCUCCUCCACAGGCCCCCGGGAGCUCCUACCCGACCCACAUGAAGGUGACACUUCCAGCCCUGUCUCCCACCAUGACCAUGGGUACAGUCCAGCGCUGGGAGAAGAAGGUUGGGGAAAAACUGAGCGAGGGGGAUUUGCUAGCAGAGAUUGAGACAGACAAGGCAACUAUUGGCUUUGAAGUACAAGAGGAGGGCUACUUGGCUAAGAUUAUGAUCCCAGAAGGCUCCAGGGACGUUCCCCUGGGAACUCCUCUUUGCAUCAUUGUGGAGAAAGAGAGUGACAUCCAGGCAUUUGCUGACUACGUAGAGACAGGAAUGACUUCAGCUGUCCCUCCUGCACCACCGACCCCCACUCCACAGGCCACCCCACCUGCUCCAGUGGUAGCACCCGUGGCUGUCGCAGCUCCUACACCAGCGACACCCAGAAAAGGCAGGACCUUUGCCAGUCCACUGGCCAAGAAGUUGGCUGCAGAGAAGGGCAUUGACCUGGCCCAGGUUUCUGGUUCAGGCCCAGACGGCAGAGUAACCAGGAAAGACAUCGACAGCUUUGUUCCAGCCAAAGCCGCCCCUCCUCCACCUGCUGCCACCCCUAUGGCGGCUCCUGCGGCCCCUGCGGCCCCUCCUGCCCGGGCCGUGGCUGCCGUACCCGCCGGCACCUUCACCGACAUCCCCAUCAGCAACAUACGCAAGGUUAUUGCCCAGAGGUUAAUGCAGUCUAAGCAGACUAUCCCACACUACUACCUGUCAGUGGAUGUUAAUAUGGACCACAUUUUGGAACUAAGGCAAGAGCUCAAUACGGAGCUUAAACCUGAGAACAUCAAGCUGUCGGUGAAUGAUUUUAUAAUCAAGGCUUCGGCUCUGGCCUGCCUGAAGGUACCUGAGGCAAACUCCUCAUGGAUGGACACAGUCAUUCGCCAAAACCAUGUUGUGGAUGUCAGUGUUGCAGUAAGCACUCCUAAUGGCCUGAUCACUCCCAUUGUUUUCAACGCCCAUACUAAAGGCCUGGCAUCCAUCUGCAAAGAUGUAUCCUCAUUGGCAGCUAAAGCGCGUGAAGGUAAACUGCAACCUCAUGAAUUUCAGGGUGGCACCUUUACCAUCUCAAAUCUGGGCAUGUUUGGAGUCAAGAACUUCUCAGCCAUCAUCAACCCUCCCCAGGCCUGUAUUCUUGCUGUGGGCGGGUCGGAGAAGAGACUUUUGCCAGCAGACAACGAGAAAGGGUUUGAUGUGGCCAACAUGAUGUCUGUGACGCUGAGCUGUGACCACCGGGUGGUGGACGGAGCAGUGGGUGCCCAGUGGCUGGCAGAGUUCCGCAAGUUCCUUGAGAAGCCAGUCACCAUGCUCCUGUGAACAGUAGAAAAGCAACAAGAACGUUGAGACUUGAAGGGACCUUACACAUUGGUUCUCACUUAUUUUUUUAGAGAAUUACUAUAAUGACCUCUCUUCACCUCUGUUUAUUCCCUCAAACAAACAUUCAUACAUUCAUAUAUUAUGUGUUUAUUUAACAUUUAUUUCUCAAGAGCCAGAAACAUCAACAUCAGAACGACAUGUUACAGUGGAGUUCUGUUUAAUGGAUGAUAAGGUUCAGCAUAUAAAACUGGUAUAGAUACUUUUUUGUCUUUUUUAAAAGGAUAAUUGUUACAAGCACCUCCAGUCUGUACAUUUGCUCAACAGCUACUAUUGUAAUAUUUACUAUAGGAAAUAUUUAUCAAGUUUAUGUUACUUUGCACGUACCAUAGACACAACAUUUUGACACAAAUUAAUAUUUAACUUUUUAACAAGAUGAUGCAUAGCAAGAAUUUGUCCUGCAGUCCCCUCAUGGAUAUCAUGGUCCAGUUACAUCAAUACACAUUUAGGGGAAUUGAGUACAGUUUGAAUUUACUGCAGCUCUAAGCUCUUGGCUUGGUAGGGCAACCACACCCAGACUUCACAUUGUAAAUGUGAAGUGUCAGUUCAUUCAUUUCAUAGAACAUGUUCUGCUCCAGUCAGAGCACUGGGUGCCUUGCUCCUUUCUCUGUCAAAUUUGGUGCUUUUUAUGUUAUUAUAUUUGAUCUUAAUGUUGAAACGCACAACAAGCAACAUAGGGUGAAGUGCUGUCGAAUAAACUUGAUAGUUACAAGAUACAGUAUGGUGAAAA